AUGGGUCGUGUUAAACUCCAGAUUAAGAGAAUAGAAAACAAUACAAAUCGGCAAGUCACCUUCUCCAAACGAAGAAAUGGACUCAUUAAGAAGGCUUAUGAACUCUCCAUUCUUUGUGACAUUGAUAUUGCUCUCAUUAUGUUCUCUCCCUCUGGUCGUCUCACUCACUUCUCUGGCAAAAGAAGAAUCGAAGAUGUGCUCGCACGUUAUAUAAAUCUGCCCGAUCAUGAUAGAGGAGGCGUUGUUCAAAAUAGAGAGUUUUUACUCGGCACCCUUCAGAAGAUCAAGAAUGAAAAUGAUAUAGCGCUUCAACUUUCAAACCCUUCAGCCCAAAAUUCAAAUGUUGAGGAAGCUCAAAAAGAAAUUAGCAACAUGAAACAUCAGCUUCAGAUGGCUGAGAACCAGUUAAGGAUUUUUGAGCCAGAGCCAAUUUUAAUCACAUCAGGAGAGGAACUUGAUUCAUGUGAGAAGAACCUUUUGGAAACCUUGAGGCGUGUUAAGCAAAGAAAGGAAGAACUACUUAGAAACCAUUUAUCUACCUAUGAUCCAUCUAGUGUACAGAUAUACUUCGACACCCAAGAUGGGGUGCCAACAUCGUUUGAAAACGAGAUUGUUACUUGGUUGCCAGAGAAUGGACACAAUCCAAACCAAAUUUGUGGAGGAUCUGAAUCACCUUGUACUGCUAUGCGGAAUCAAUCCUCAACAGCAAUGUAUGAUCAGUUGUCUCAAGCCACAAAUAUAAAUGUGGAGCCAUGUAACAUGGGAGGGUGUCAAAUGAGCAAUCAAAGAGAUGAUGGGUUACCUUCUUGGCAUCAUUCCUAUACUGCAACUGAACUCCUCUCUACAUUCAUGCCCCCAAAUUCAUUUCCUUCCACUAAGCAAGAAAUUGCAGGAGCAAGCAUUUCAUCAAUGAUGUCUCAGCAGCAGGUAGAGACUGCAUCAAAUUGCCCGCAAAUGCCCUCUAGCAAUGAAGAUGCAAACUAUGAGAGCAAGCUGUCUCAGUUUAAAGUAGAAUGA